UGUGCGCGCGCGCGCGUGUGUGUGUGUGUGCGUGGAAGAUCUCGUGCUUUGCCCAGCGAGCGCUGCUCUGUCUGUGAUGCGCGGGACGGAAAACCUGCUACGCGGCUGGAAACCCACCUGAACUGAAACCCACCAAACCCAAACCUGUCAGGACCCUCUAUGCGGAUUACUGUUGUGCUUUAUCAGGGGGGCGUCGCGCUGGGAAAGCUGAGCUAAAUCCUGGCUAUAAGACCAUUUAACUACAACACCAAGGCAACAUGAAGGUGGUUUCCUCCAAAAUCAGAAGCGCGAGCCUGGUGGGAUCUGGCUGGAUGUUUGAGAGCAUGUGUUCAGUCUGAGGCGAGUUUGUGUGGAUAGCAGCUGCUCAGCAAACACAGCACUGCACCUUCUUGUGCUCUCCAUUCACUUGUGCCAGAAAAGUAAAUAGAAAACAAUCAAGAAACAAACAGAACAAACUCAGACUGACAGAUUUCGGAUUGAUUGUGCAAUGAGAUUGGCCUUAUGACUGUUACUUGAGACUGUUCUCCCUCUCCACUGCCCUCUGUGUCCUCUUUAAGGAUAUUAAUUGUUGUGUUGUUGAACUUUUCCUCUUAGAAAAAGAAGGUUUUUUUUGCGCUUACAGUGGGAUGUACUUUGGAUACAUGAACCUUUGAACCAAAGCUAUUCUCAAUGGUUUCCUAUUGUUCAGGAUUAUAACCCCCACCUAUCUCCAGCACUUUCACAAUGACCCUGCUCAGAUACCCAGUCCAUUUGCAGCUGCUGCUCAGCACUGUGCUUGGGCCCUGCUUGGGCCUGGAGUUUACAGGAGCACGAGGUCAGUGGGCCCGCUAUCUCCGCUGGGACGCCAGCACCAGAAGUGACCUCAGCUUCCAGUUCAAAACGGACGUGUCCACCGCCUUGGUCUUGUACUUCGACGACAGCGGCUACUGCGACUUCCUGCAGCUCAUGGUGGUGGAGGGCAAGCUGCAGCUGCAGUUCAGCAUCGAAUGCGCUGAGACCACCGUGGUAUCGGACAAGCGGGUAAAUGACAGCAGCUGGCACUUUGUCAGCCUGGGCAGGUACAACCUGAGGACUGUGCUGGGCGUGGACGGGGAGACCAAGGCUGACGAGGUGCGGCCGCAGAGGCAGUACAUGAAGAUCGUCAGUGACCUCUUCCUGGGCGGAGUUCCCCAGGACAUUCGCACCUCAGCCCUGACCUUACCCACAGCCAAGGACCUGCCGCCCUUUAAGGGAGUUAUCAGGGACCUGAAGUAUGGCAACAAGGAGCCCACCCUGCUCAGCAGCCAGAAAGUCCGAAUGGACAUGGAGGGCAUCUGCACUGAGAACCCCUGUGAAAAUGGAGGGGUUUGUUCCCUCAUGGAUGGAGAACCACUAUGCGAUUGUUCCAAGACGGAGUACACUGGCCGAUUCUGCAGUGAAGAGGCCAACAGCAUCCCAGGCUUGGCACACAUGAUGGCCGAACAAGCCAAGAGCAAAGCACGCGAGGAGAAUGUGGCCACUUUCCGGGGCUCAGAAUACUUCUGCUAUGACCUGUCCCAGAACCCCAUCCAGAGCAGCAGUGAUGAGAUCACGCUCUCCUUCAAGACCUGGCAGCGCAACGGGCUCAUUCUGCACACGGGCAAGUCUGCGGACUACGUCAACCUAGCUCUGAAGGACGGAGCCGUGUCCCUGGUCAUCAACCUGGGCUCUGGAGCGUUUGAGGCCAUUGUGGAGCCAGUCAAUGGCAAAUUCAAUGACAACGCCUGGCAUGAUGUCAAAGUCACACGCAACCUUAGACAGGUCACCAUUUCAGUGGACGGCAUCCUUACCACUACUGGCUACACGCAGGAGGACUACACCAUGCUUGGCUCUGAUGAUUUCUUCUACGUUGGAGGAAGCCCGAGUACUGCAGAUUUACCCGGUUCGCCCGUCAGCAACAACUUCAUGGGAUGCCUUAAAGAGGUUGUUUAUAAAAACAAUGACAUCAGGUUAGAGCUGUCACGGCUGGCUCGUAUCGUGGACCCCAAGAUGAAGAUCCAGGGAGACGUGGUGUUUAAAUGUGAGAAUGUGGCCACCCUUGACCCAAUCUCCUUCGAAACGCCUGAGGCCUACAUCAGCCUGCCUAAGUGGAACACAAAGCGCAUGGGCUCCAUCUCCUUUGAUUUCCGCACCUCCGAGCCCAAUGGCCUGAUCCUCUUCACUCACGGGAAACCACAGGACAGAAAGGCCCCCGGCAGCCAGAAGAACACCAAGGUGGACUUCUUUGCAGUAGAGCUGCUGGAUGGAAGCCUCUAUCUGCUGCUAGAUAUGGGCUCAGGCACAAUCAAGGUGAAGGCCACACAGAACAAGGUGAACGAUGGGGCGUGGUACCAUGUGGACAUCCAGAGAGAUGGAAGAUCAGGAACAAUCUCAGUGAACAGCCGCCGUACCCCUUUCACCGCCAGUGGGGAGAGUGAAAUCUUGGACCUGGAAGGGGACAUGUACCUGGGUGGUCUCCCCGACAACCGGGCUGGCCUUAUCCUACCCACCGAGCUGUGGACCGCCAUGCUGAACUACGGCUACGUGGGCUGCAUUAGGGACCUGUUCAUCGACGGGCGCAGUAAGGACAUCAGGCAGAUAGCAGAGGCCCAGAAUGGAGCUGGCAUCAAGCCCUCCUGUAACAAGGUGUCGGGCAAGCAGUGUGAAAGCUACCCCUGCAAGAACAAGGGCGUUUGCAAGGAAGGCUGGAACCGCUUUAUCUGUGACUGCACUGGCACAGGUUACUGGUCCCGCACCUGCGAGAGAGAGGCGUCCAUCCUGAGCUACGACGGCAGUAUGUACAUGAAGGUUGUGAUGCCCACGGUCAUGCAUACAGAGGCGGAGGACGUGUCUCUGCGCUUCAUGUCCCAGAGAGCUUACGGCCUGCUGAUGGCCACCACAUCACGCGAUUCGGCCGACACGCUGCGGCUGGAGCUUGACGGCAGCCGCGUCAAACUCACGGUCAACUUAGACUGUGUCAGGAUUAACUGUAACUCCAGCAAGGGACCAGAGACACUGUAUGCUGGACAAAAACUCAAUGACAAUGAGUGGCAUACGGUGCGGGUGAUCCGGCGCGGUAAAACCUACAAGCUCACAGUUGACGAUGACGUAGCUGAAGGUCAGAUGGUGGGUGACCACACCAGGCUAGAGUUCCACAACAUAGAGACGGGCGUGAUGACCGAGCGACGGUUCGUCUCCCACAUCCCAUCCAGCUUCAUCGGCCACCUGCAGAGCCUUAAGUUCAACGGUAUGCUCUACAUUGACCUGUGCAAGAACGGCGACAUCGACUACUGCGAAUUGAAUGCUCGCUUUGGGAUGCGCUCCAUCAUUGCAGACCCAGUGACCUUCAAAGCCAAGAGCAGCUACUUGAGCCUGGCCACGCUGCAGGCCUACACAUCCAUGCACCUUUUCUUCCAGUUCAAAACCACUUCUCCUGACGGCCUCAUCCUCUUCAACAGUGGUGAUGGAAGCGACUUCAUCGCUGUUGAGCUGGUGAAAGGGUACAUCCAUUAUGUGUUUGACCUUGGCAAUGGCCCAAACCUCAUCAAGGGUAACAGUGACAGAGCUCUGCAUGAUAACCAGUGGCAUAAUGUGGUCAUCACCAGAGAUAACAGCAACCUCCAUAUACUGAAAAUAGACGCUAAGGCUGUGAGUCAGGUUGUCAAUGGUGCCAAGAACCUGGACCUAAAAGGAGAUCUCUUUAUUGCUGGCUUGGGACCCAACAUGUACAACAACCUCCCCAAACUCGUAGCCUCGAGGGAAGGUUUUAAGGGCUGUCUGGCAUCAGUGGACCUGAACGGCCGUCUCCCCGACCUGAUAAACGACGCUCUGUUCCGCAGUGGACAGAUUGAGCGUGGAUGUGAAGCAUCGAAAAGCGAACUUGGUUUCAUCAAAGCAGACCUACAAGGUCCUAGCACUACGUGUCAGGAGGACUCCUGCGCCAACAUGGGCAUCUGCAUCCAGCAGUGGGAGAACUACACCUGCGACUGCUCCAUGACUUCCUACACGGGCCCUCAGUGCAAUGACCCUGGAACAACGUAUAUCUUUGGUAAAGGCGGCGGUCUCAUCAGCUUUAACUGGCCAGCUAAUGAACGGCCGAGCACACGCACGGACAGACUGACUGUGGGCUUCAGCACCUCACUGAAGGACAGCAUUCUGGUGCGGAUCGACAGCGCCCCAGGCCUGGGAGACUACCUCAUGCUCCAUAUCGAACAAGGCAAAAUCGGUGUCACGUUCAACAUCGGCACCGUCGAUAUCCUUGUGUAUGAGAGCAGCAACCCAGUGAACGAUGGCAAGUACCACGUGGUACGAUUCACAAGAAACGGGGGCAAUGCUACACUACAGGUGGACAACUGGGCCAUCAACGAGCACUUCCCCGCAGGCAACAACGAUAAUGAGAGAUUGCAAAUGGCAAAUAAGAAAAUCCCAUUCAAAUAUGCCCGGCCCGUAGAGGAGUGGCUACAGGAGAAAGGGCGGCAGCUAACGAUAUUCAACACCCAGGCCACCAUUACGAUCGGGGGCGCUGACCGCAAGCGGCCGUUUCAAGGCCAGCUCUCGGGCCUCUACUACAAUGGCCUGAAAGUGCUCAAUAUGGCCGCGCAGGGCAACCCCAACAUCAGAAUCAACGGCAGUGUGCGCCUGGUGGGGGAAGUGCCCUCUGCAGGAUCGGCCAGAACUACAGCUCUGCCCCCGGAGAUGUCCACCACCUUCAUUGAGACAACCACCACCAUGUCCACCACGACCACUAGAAAGCACCGCUCGCCACCUACAAUAUCGAGCACAGAUGACAUGGGCACAUCCGCCGAGUGCUCCAGCGACGAUGAGGACUUGGAGGAGUGCAACCUCGAACAUGCAGGAGGUGAAAUAAUUAUCCCAGUACAUGUAGAGGAUCCCUUAGAACACCCUCCUGUAGCUACACGUGCACCCUCCAUUCCUCUCCCCCCAACCCUCCGUCCCCCCCUCACCAUUAUUGAGACCACCAAAGAGUCCCUGUCCAUGGCCACUGAGGCGGGGGUACCUUGCUUGUCGGACCAAGGCAGCGAUGAUUGUGAUGAUGAUGAUGGCUUGGUGAUAUCUGGGUAUGGCUCUGGGGAAGCAUUUGACUCUAACCUGCCCCCUACUGAUGAUGAAGAUUUUUACACCACCUUCUCCUUGGUAACAGAUAAGACCUUGUCUACGUCGGCCUUUGAAGGUGGCUACAAAGCUCACGCGCCUAAGUGGGAAGCCAAGGACUUUAGACCUAACAAAGCCUCCGAAUAUGGUAGGACUACUACUACGUCUUUAUCCCCCAAGCUGAGCCGCUCCACAACUCCAUCCACGCCCGCAACGGCACCCAAACUGCCUGCAGGCAAAAUGAAUAACCGCGAGGUUAAACCCCAGCCCGACAUAGUCUUGCUUCCAUUGCCCACUUCCUAUGAGGUAGACAACACAAAGCUGAAGAACCCAUUAAUAACCUCCCCCAUGUUCCGUAAUGUACCCACAGCAAUUCCCACGGAGCCAGGCGUCAGGCGGGUUCCGGGGGCCUCCGAGGUGGUCCGUGAAUCUAGCAGCACCACCGGAAUGGUCGUCGGGAUAGUUGCUGCUGCUGCUUUAUGCAUCCUUAUUCUCCUGUACGCCAUGUAUAAGUACAGAAACAGGGACGAGGGAUCGUACCAAGUGGAUGAGAGCAGGAAUUACAUAACCAACUCAGCACAGAGCAAUGGUGCGGUCAUGAAGGACAAGCAGCAUAGCUCGAAAAGCAGCAACAAGAAACAGAAAAACAAGGACAAGGAAUAUUAUGUGUGAGUGCGCUUCAUAAGACGAGAGAAAGACACUAAAACACUGACCGUAUCGGGAGCCGCACUGAGGAGUGAAAGAGAGAGAGUGAGAGAGAAAGGGGAAAUGGCACUGUGCUGAGGUGCUGACCACUCACAUGAACUGUAAUAUAAAGCACACUUACUAUUGUAAGCAUACCAAGAAGGUAAAUAGCGACAUUAGUGACCUUAUUCUUCAAUCUGGUCGAAGACGUUAUCAGUGUAGAAAUACUUUCACAGCUACAUCAUUAUCCUAAGUGACUUUUAGAGGUAUGUGAUCCUUGGCGUAAAAAUCUCGUUUUCUUUUGGGUUUUUUCUUUUUUCUUUUGUAAUCCUGUACAAAAAAAACAACAACAAACAAAGAGGAGAAAGUUAUUUCGGCCAUUGCAAGCAUGUAAGCGACACACAGUGUUGGCAUCUUACAAGAGUGGGACAGAAAACAGAAAAAAGAAAAUAUUUAUUGUACAAACAGAGAAAGGAGGACUCUUGCCAAAAAAUAUCUAUAUAUGAAAAAAAAAAGAUUUGUAUUGUUUAUACAUUAUAUGUGGUGUCAUCAUUUUUUUGCUCUCUGCAAAAGAAAAAAAAAGAAAAUACUAUGUAGUAAACAAAAUCGAGUGAGACUGCUGAGGACAGAUCACCGAAGCUCUUUGCAGCACUGUUAUUUGAACUCGACCAAAAUUAUGUUUGAUUUUACGACCGACUGUGACAUUGCAAAAUUUGUGAAUUGAGAGAAGUGGUGCAUUUUUCUCGUCUCGGUAAAGCGACUGAUUGUAAUGCAUGCCAUCUUAACGCGACAAUGUAUGAUGCUCGGGUGAGUUCGAGCAGACCAGGCCAGUCCAUUCAUCAGACACGCCUUCUUUUGUCCCCUCAAAAGUGACAACGGCAAACGUCCCUGCCAAUCUGUUCUUUUCUUUUCUUUGUGGCCAGUGCUGGUUUGAUCUUUUUCGAUCAUGAUGUAUGUUGGUCCCAUUUCCUCUUGUUCUCUUUUUUAUGAAGCUGUCUGGUGCAGACUGGCACUCUACUAUAAACGCUGUUACGGAUGUCUAUACGGAAAAUAAAUCUAAUGUGAAAAAUGUGAAUUCUAUCUGUUGUCACAGUCGACUGUGUCAAACGACAAAGUUUGUUUACAUAUUUUAUUACAUUCUAGCGGUUGUACUUUCUAGGUAGAUAAUGUACAUAAGCAAACUUAAGUUGUAUUUUUUUUAGUAACUAUUGUACAGAGAGAUCAUUUGAUUUAUCAGUGUGUUUCAUGAAGAAAAUCAGAUGUUGUUGACUUACGUGAAGAGAGACUUUGCAGUGAUGAAAAAUAUACACAUAUUUUGUAACGCAAAAGCAGAGAAUAUUGUUAGAUUAGAGGUCUAAUCUUUCUCGCAGAUGUUUCUAAGUCGCAUGGAUAUUUGACUACUUGACGCUGUCAAUCAAAUACAAGACACACUUCUUAAUUGUACUAAGGCUUCCUUGUUAUCGGUUGUUUUUAUUUAUAAAAGAAUCAACAGAAUAUGUAACAAUAAAAACAGAGUCAUAUGGAUGCGGACACGCAGCUCA